UGAGCGCAUAUCGAUUCUAGUGCGAGAAAGUUAACCAUCGACUCCGUACGAGCGGUUUGUUACAUCUUUUCCGUUUGAAAUAAUCUGUAACAAACAACAGAAAGCAUGGAAUCCGCUAUUGUCCAUCUCGAACAAAGCGUGCAAAAAGCUGAUGGAAAAUUGGACAUGAUUGCAUGGCAAAUUGAUGCUUUCGAAAAAGAGUUUGAAGAUCCAGAUAGCGAGAUCUCUGUGCUUCGUCUAUUAAGGUCUGUUCAUCAAGUUACAAAAGAUUAUCAGAACCUUCGGCAAGAAAUAUUAGAGGUUCAACAGUUACAAAAGCAACUUUCAGAUUCUCUUAAAGCACAAUUGUCUCAGGUGCAUGGACAUUUUAAUUUAUUGCGCAAUAAAAUAGUAGGACAAAAUAAAAAUCCACAACUAAAAUAAGAUUAGACUGUUAGUUAUUUUUUAAAAUUAUUUCCUAAGUUGCAUUUAAUUUAAUUUAUCAAUUUUUUUAAGUCAUAAAUUUUUUAAUAUUAUAAUUGUAUCAACAGAAUGUAGUUUCAAAGCUAAUGUUGUUUUAAAAAGUUCAAUAAUAUUUAACAUUCUUGUUAAAAAUAAAUAUUCAAAAGGAAAUUCAUAGAUAAAAGAUAAAUUUUGUCUUCGUUUUAUUAAUUGAU